AUGUCUGAAGCAAAGUACGCCAACAUCGGCCUCGAUGACCACGACCGCGAUGACCGGAGCAGCACCGAGGUCGAGGAGUCGCUCAUCGGCGACGGAAAGGCCUGCCGGAGCUGCCUGGCCAACGAGUACCAGAGCCCUGCCGCGAGGAGGACAAACCGCUGGCUGUCCAUGCUCAAGUCGUCACGCUACUUCGUCGACACCAUCCUGCUGCUCGUCAUCCUCGGCCUGCUGGUGAGGCAACAGACCCAGGUGCCCGCCCUGAGCACCUUGCAUCCCGGAGAUGACCUCACUGGCGUCAGCGGAAAGUUCUCGACCCAGAUCAAGACCUUCACUCCCGACUACGAGGGCAAGUAUGCGCCCAACGACACCUCAAAGUUCUUCACCGAUGAGGUCUUGAACAACUGGAAUGAGCUUAUGCCCUACGGCAUGGGCUUCCAAUGGGUCAACGACACUCACAAGUACCACGACCUGCCUACCCCCAUCGUCUGGCCCGAGAAGACCGUCUUCACCACUUCCAUGACCCACCAGCUGCACUGCUUGUUCGCCGUUGUCCAGACGUAUUCCGGCCUCAGCUCCGGCCACGAGAUCCCUGAUGACCACCACUGGCACAUGAUCCACUGCUUCGCCUAUCUGAGGCAGACCAUCAUGUGCAGUGCUGACAUGGCGCUCGAGGGCCUCGAGACCACUUUCCCCGACCACAAUGGCGGCUCCGACGGCUGGGAUUCCAAGCAUGUGUGCAAGGACUAUAGUCAGGUCAAGAACUACCUGGAGGGCGUCAGGGCGUACGACGACAGAGAAAUCUUCUAG